AGGGACUGGCAUUCCUUCCGGUCGAAGUCCCUCACUGUUUCUCGAGCUCCAAGCAAACCUCGAUCGCCCCCAUGGAGUCCGCGAAGCCAUGGACGGAGGGCGCGAGGUUGAAGACGAAGGCAGCGUUGCGCCUCUGGUUCGCUGGAUUCGCGGACGCGUGCUGCCUACAUCGAGUCGUCUCCCUCUGCCUCAAGUCGAAGAAGCUUUCGAUCAGGACCGGGCAGUGUUUUCUCUUGAACGGCUUCAUAUUCCUCGGGAGCAUCUUUGUCUUAAAAUCGCUUGUCAUCCCUACACUUCAGUGGAUAUUGCCCGAGAACUGCUCUCAGAUUACUUCUCAAGGUUCUUGUCCUUCUUCCGGUGUUUUGAAGCUCUACUCCUUCCUACAUUUUGGACUUGUACAAUUAUUUUAUGUUUUCUGGUUCUACCCGUUGUACAUAUUUAGCUUCAUUUUGAGCACUAUAUGGUACAGUGACAUAGCUAAACAUGGAUUUGCUGCUUUGGAAGGAUCUCGCUCUAUGUUAGAGCAACCCUCAAGCCAAAAUGAGGCAGUGGCCUCGGAAAGUAAGAUUGAAACAGAAAAACUAGUUGAUCUUGGAGGGGUGAUGAUCGGAAUUGGAGAGCAGGUGUAUUCAAUACUGCUUCUGACCUUCUUCUUCCUAGAGGUUUAUGCUCUAGGAUUUGUUCCCUAUAUUGGAAAGCCGCUUAAUUUUUUGCUGCUCUCCUGGAUGUAUGCUUAUUACUGUUUCGAGUACAAAUGGAACUUUACUGAAGUUAGUCUGGACAAGAGGCUGGACUUUUUUGAAUCCAAUUGGGCAUUCUUUGCUGGCUUUGGAAACCCCUGCGUUCUGGCUAUUUUCUUUUUCUCACCUCUAGUGGGAUAUGGUGUCAUGGCUAUACUUUUUCCACUGUUUGUGUUGACAGCUACCAGCUCAAGGGCUGAGCAAGCUAUAUUUUCUGAAAGAAGAAAGCAGAGAGAUGCUGGAUUUGGAAGGCUUCCAAUAUUUUAUGUAGCCAAUACUUUGUCGAUGUGGGUCUUGGGUCUUUUCUCUUCGGAAUCUCAGGAGCAAGUACGAGAAAAGAAGAUGCACUAGAAAGCUUUGAUCACUGCAGACAUAAUUGUAGCCUGCAAGGAGGUCAAGGUAUCGACAAUCAUCUGACGCAUCUGAUGCUAAGAAGUCUGUACAUAUUCAUUACAAAAUCCUGCAGCAUAACAUUUCCAUGAAAGGCAUAUUUGUUAAUGAACCGGGUGGUCCACAACGACGCUGUUGUGUUCGUCUGCUAUUAACAAGUUUGUAAAGCACUCAACUGUAAAUUCUUGCCGACACGUGAAAUUCCCUGGUGAAGGUCGACAUGUUGACUCUUACUUUUCAUCCCUUGAAUUGUACAUAGCAACAUAUCUUUGUUAAGUUGCAAUAGACUGUACAGCUUUUCUAA